UCUAAAAUACAAUCCCGCCUCUUUCACUCGCUUCAAUGUGAAGAAAAUGGAAAACCAACUCAAAGUGGAAGAGCUUCGAGCCCAGCUCGCCCAACGCGGCCUCAGCACCGUCGGAACCAAGCCCACUCUGGUACGGCGGCUUAAAUCGGCCAUUCGCGAAGAAGGUAAGCAGUCAAUUGAUUCCGCCGAUGAUUUAGUUAGUGGGAAGAGAGAAACGGAGCCGGAGAAUGGAGAUUCAAUUUCAAGCGGGUCCCAGAAAAUCAGGGCUGUUGACAAGUUUCGGGGCAUGGGUAUUCGGCAACUGCGCGAAGAAUCUGCUCUUCGGGGACUUUCUACAAGUGGGUCCAAGAAAGAACUCCUUGAACGGCUCUGUGACGGUUCUCAGGAUCCCAGCGACGUUGUUGAAGAUAUUAUGGUGGCAGCUAAAGAAAAAGAUGCUGCUGAAAGGAAGACGGAGAGAAUGGUCACUGCAACCAAGAAGGGUGCUGCUGUGUUAGAUCAAUGGCUUCCGGAUCACAUUAAGUCUCAGUACCAUGUACUGCAGCAGGAUGAUGAAAUUUAUGAUGCCAUGCUGAACCAGACAAAUGUUAGAGACAACAAUAACAAGUUCUAUGUCAUCCAAGUUUUAGAGUCUGAUGAUGGCAGACGAUUCAUGGUUUACUACAGAUGGGGUAGAGUUGGUGUUAAGGGUCAAGAUAAACUACUAGGUCCUUACACUUCUCAACAUAGUGCUAUUCAGGAAUUUGAGCAGAAGUUCCUAGCCAAAACCAGGAAUCAUUGGUGCAACCGUAAAGAGUUCAUUUCUCACCCAAAAAACUAUGUUUGGUUGGAGAUGGACUACACUGAUGCAGAAAAAGAAUCAACUGAACAAGCAAAGUCAGACUUGACAAUGGGACCUCAGCCCCGGGAAACAAAACUGGAGUCGCGUAUUGCAAAGUUUAUCUCUCUUAUUUGCAAUGUCAGCAUGAUGAAACAACAGAUGAUGGAAAUAGGAUACAAUGCUGAAAAGUUGCCUCUUGGUAAGCUUAGUAAAUUGACAAUUUUAAAGGGAUAUGAUGUCUUGAAGAGGAUUGCUGAUGUGAUCGGCCAGUCAGAUAGGAAAAAGCUCGAGCAAUUAAGUGGUGAAUUCUACACCGUAAUUCCCCAUAAUUUUGGAUUUAAGAAAAUGCGUGAUUUUGUCAUUGACACCCCUCAAAAGUUAAAGUGCAAAUUGGAAAUGGUUGAAGCCCUAGGGGAAAUUGAGGUUGCUACCAAGUUGUUGACAGAUGAUAUUCAGAUGCAGGAAGAUCCCUUGUUCUCUCAUUAUCAGCGGCUUCAUUGUGAACUCAUGCCACUUGAAGUUAAUUCGGAGGAGUUCUCUUUGAUUACAACAUAUGUGAAGAACACUCAUGCAAAGACACAUUCAAAUUACACUGUCGAUAUUGUUCAGAUAUUUAAGGCAUCAAGAGAGGGUGAAGCUGAACGAUUUAGAAAGUUCUCUGAUACAAAAAAUAGAAUGCUCUUAUGGCAUGGUUCUCGCCUCACAAACUGGACUGGAAUUCUAUCACAAGGAUUACGCAUUGCUCCACCAGAAGCACCUGUAACAGGUUAUAUGUUUGGAAAGGGUGUUUAUUUUGCUGACAUGUUUUCCAAGAGUGCAAAUUAUUGCUACUCAACUCCUGCGGCUCCUUUCGGUGUGCUGCUUUUAUGUGAGGUUGCAUUGGGAGACAUGGCUGAGUUAGUAGAAGCAAACUAUGAUGCCGACAAAUUGCCAGAGGGAAAGAUGAGCACAAAAGGAGUUGGCUCAACUGCCCCCGAGUUUUCGGAGGCUCAAAUGCUUGAAGCUGGUACUAUUGUUCCGCUGGGAAAGCCCAAGGAGCAACCCGCCGGCCCUCAGGGUGCUUUACUAUACAACGAGUACAUAGUCUACAAUGUGGAUCAGAUUAGGAUGCGUUACAUUGUUCAAGUAAAUUUCAAUUUCAAGAGAUAGCCUGCCUGCCUCCCAGUCCCAGUCCCAGUCCCAGUUUCACUUUUUUGUUUUGUAUUCAUCUUCAUCUUCAUCUUCAUCUUGGAUGUUUUUCUUCCAAAUGGAUGGUUCCUCUCUUCCUGUCUGUAUUAUUAUCAAUACACUUGUAGGAUAAUAUUUUAUUUAUAUAGAUGUGACUUAUAUAUA